AUGUUUAAAGAUGCAUGUUUAGCUUUAGGGUUACUAGAAAAUGAUCGAGAAUGGACCCAAUGUCUUGAAGAAGCUGCUGCCCUUUAUACAGAAUCUCAACUAAGAAUUUUUUUUGCCAUUAUACUUAUUCAAUGUACUCCUACUCAUCUAAAAAAGUUAUGGUUAUGCUUUUAUACUAAUCUCUGUGAUGAUCUUCAUUAUUAUCUAUAUAAAGAAUAUAAUAUUCUUGAUUCUACUAAUGAGCAACAUUUUGAUCUUAAACUUUUUUUAUUAGACAAGAUCCUUCAUCAAUCUAACUAA